CCCUGAUAGCAAUGCUCUGGGUUUAUUUGUUUGCUACUAACUCCUCUCACCUUGUCUGAGUGUUUGUCAUCUGUCUGUCUGUCUGUAACCUGUCGUAACGUCAUACCUAGCAUGGACCUGCAGACAGGAUAUACCGCAUUUGUUCGAGGGCACCGUCGAACUCCCAGUGACAUUGAGUUCAAGGAGCUCACCCGCAGAGAUGCUCAGACCGCCAUGAACAAGGAGCUGCAGAAGCUGGUGCAGACAGCCGAAGGUGGAAUGAAAGAUAAAAUCCGGACUGAGUUUGAUGGUUUUGAAGGUCUGUUUGCCCGCUUCCUCAGUGAAUCGGGUCCAUCCGUCAUCUGGGAUAAGAUCAAGCAGCUGUCUGAUGAAACUGUUCGUCGCUAUGGUGGUCUGCCUACACCAGACCCUGCUCGGAUUAAGGAGCUCCUCAACCAGCUGGUGGUCAUCAAGCUUAAUGGCGGCCUUGGCACGGGAAUGGGAUGUAAAGGACCAAAGAGUGUCAUCUCCGUCCGAAAUGAGCUCACGUUCCUUGAUCUUACUGUACAGCAAAUAGAGCAUUUAAACAAAACCUACAACACAGAUGUUCCGCUAGUAUUGAUGAAUUCCUUCAACACAGACGAAGACACCUCCAAGGUGCUGAAGAAGUACGGACAGGUGAAAGUCAGUAUCUACACCUUCAACCAAAGCAGAUAUCCAAGGAUCAACCGAGAGUCCCUGCUGCCUGUCUCUCUUAAUUUCGGUGCUGAGAGCCAGGACGGGUGGUACCCCCCCGGCCACGGAGAUGUUUACCUCAGUUUCUACAACUCCGGGCUCUUGGAGGAGUUUAUAAAGGCAGGGAAGAAGUAUGUGUUCGUCUCCAACAUCGAUAACCUGGGUGCAACUGUCGACCUUAAUAUCCUGAAUUUCCUUCUGAAACCAGAGAAUGGCCCAGCUCCAGAGUUCGUGAUGGAGGUUACCGACAAGACCAGGGCUGAUGUCAAGGGCGGGACGCUGGUGGAAUAUGAGGGCAAGACACGGUUGCUGGAAAUUGCCCAAGUCCCUAAAGAACAUGUUGAUGAAUUCAAGAGUGUAAGCAAAUUCAAGAUUUUCAAUACAAACAACUUAUGGAUGAAUCUAGACGCUAUCAAGAGGAUAAUAGAAGAGAAAACACUGCACAUGGAGAUCAUUGUCAACCCGAAGACCCUGGACAAUGGCACCAAUGUUAUACAGCUGGAGACAGCAGUGGGGGCUGCCAUCAAGAGCUUUGAAGGAGCAAUAGGUAUUAACGUCCCGAGGAGUCGGUUCCUCCCCGUGAAGACGACUUCGGACUUGCUGAUAGUGAUGAGCAACUUGUACCACAUGAAGACAGGAGCGCUGGAGAUGAGCCCGAAACGUUGCUUCCCAACUGUGCCCCUGGUCAAACUGGGAACAAACUUCACAAAGGUUAAGGAAUUCUUGUCCAGAUUUUCCAGCAUCCCCGACAUCAUGGAGCUGGACCACCUCACAGUGUCGGGUGACGUCACCUUCGGCAAGAAUGUCAGCCUUAAGGGUACUGUCAUCAUCAUAGCGAACCAUGGCGAGAGGAUAGAUAUCCCAAGUGGGGCCAUCUUGGAAAACAAGAUUGUAUCGGGCAACCUCCGCAUCCUCGACCAUUAAGACGAAGAAUUACAACUAUUGUCUGUUAGCGGCACUGUCACGCUAUACACGCUAUAACACGUACACUCUCAACAGAUAAGAUACACCGCGUUAUGUAAGCAUGGUUCUUGGACAAAUUAUGAGAAUGGGUUUGAUAACUGUAAUAAUGUUAAUCACUUUUCACAAGUGAGUUGAUUUAAGGGGUCAACAUUUGGUGAGAUGGUUGUUAGCAUGGGGUUUGUGGUGUGGUUGUUUUUGGAAAGAAUGUUUUUGAAAAAAAGACAGUAUAUUGGUAUAAUUAAUCAGCAGAACUCGGAAUAUGCUACAGACAGAAUUUCUCCGAGGUGCCAAACAUAUAAGCUUAUAUUCCCUCUCACAAAUAGGACGUAAAAAUUCGUAUCAGAAGUGUAUUUAUUAUAUAUAUUUUUGAGAACACUAUGUGAUGAUGGCUGCAUACAGCUCUACUUUUAAAAUCCGGACAAUCUGGACUUAAAUCCAUUUUUUUCAAGGAAAAACCAAACAUUAUUGAUCACUCUGAUUAACAUCAUUCAUGUUUUAAUUGACCCAUACAACGAUGUGAAACAUUUUUGUUUUUCAUGGCCUAAUGAGCAGAAAUGUAUCGACAGUUCUCCAGGUCACAGGUCUGGAUCUAUUUAUAUCCUUAUAUCCACAGUAUUCAGCAGUACAAGUCAUGUUCUGAUGUUAUACCACCCAAGUUUGCAAUGUAAAUAUACCUAUGUACAUUUAAGUCAUUACAACAAAGUUGUUGUUUAACGCCGUACUCAGCAAUAUUCCGGCUAUAUGACGGCAACAACAAAGUAGUUCAUUUUUGGUAAUUUGUAGAUAAGAAAUAAUAUGAACAAAUAUGAUGGACUCACACAAGGGGUUGUUUGGUAGAUUGUUUGGUAGGUUGUUUGAGAUGAUGAUCUCCUGACAUUGGUCUAAAAGAAAAAGAAAAACUUGCGUUUAUCGAUUUUUUAUGUUGGUGUGACCCUG